AUGAAAAACUCAACUAUUGCUUUGAUUACUACUGGCGUUCUUGCUACGGUGGGUGUAGGCGUAUUGUUCUAUUUUGACUACAGACGACGCAAUGAUCCAACCUUUAGAAAGCAUCUGAGACGCGAACGCAAGAAUGCUGCUAAAGCCGCAAAAGAAGCAGAAAAACAUGCAGAAGAAUCACGAUUGAAAAUGAUUGAAAACGUGAUUAUUGAAAGCUCAAAGGAAGAAUACCCCACAACUCCUGAAGCAAGAGAAAAAUACUUUAUGGAGCAGAUCGCUGCAGGUGAAGCACUAUGUGGCAAAGGUCCUACUGCUUAUGACGAUGCUGUGGUAUUUUUCUAUAAAGCGCUCAAGGUCUAUCCAGCCCCCAUGGAAUUGAUUCAAAUUUACCAAAAAACAAUUCCAGAGCCCGUCUUCCAACUCAUCACAACAAUAUACGCUAUUGAGCAAAAGGCCAUGGAAGGACAAUUGAAUGAAACACCAGAAGCAGCGGCGGCGGCUGCCACAGGCAUUUAA